AUGCCUUUCGUCAAAGUAGUCAAGUCGAACGCCUACUUUUCGCGGUAUCAGUCUGCUGACUCGGCCAAUCAAGACUAUGCGCGAAAGCGUCUGGUCACUCAAUCCAAAAGCAAAUAUAACGCCCCCAAGUACCGUCUUGUAGUCCGCUUCACCAACAAGCAAAUCAUCUGCCAAAUCACCUAUGCUCGUCUACAGGGCGACUUUGUCCUCGCAUCUGCCUCGUCAAAGGAACUACCACGAUAUGGCAUCAACCAUGGUCUCACCAACUGGACCGCCGCCUAUGCCACCGGUCUCCUCGUCGCCCGUCGUGCGCUAACCAAGCUCGGCCUCGCAGACAAGUACGAGGGUGUCAAGGAACCCACGGGUGAACUCGUCCUCACUGAAGCCCUUGACGACGAAGACGCGCCACGGCCCUUCAAGGCCUUUUUGGACGUCGGUCUCAAGAAGACGAGCACGGGUUCACGAGUAUUCGGUGCGCUCAAGGGUGCCAGCGACGGUGGCAUCUUUAUCCCCCAUUCGGAAAAGCGCUUCCCCGGAUACGAUACCGAGAACAAGAAGCUCGACGCAGAGGUCCUCAAAAAGUACAUCUUUGGUGGACACGUCGCCGAGUACAUGGAGUCGCUCGAGGAAGAGGACGAUGAACGCUUCAAGAAGCAGUUUGCCUCGUAUCUCGAGGACGGCGUAGGAUCAGAGGACAUUGAGGAGAUCUACAAAAACGCCUACCAAGCCAUCCGAGACGACCCGACCUUCAAGCCCACGGACAAGACAAAGGACUGGGCCGCCGAAUCCAAAAAGUACAGGACUCCACGUCUCACACACGCCCAACGGAAGGAGGCAAUCGAGGCAAAGAUUGCCAAAUUCCAGGCGGGCAAAGAUGCGGCAGACGACGACGAAGACGAAGAGUAG